AUGACGGACGUCGUUCUCCGUGAUCUACCAACCGAGACCAAGCCUUCUCUCCAGAUACGGAAUGUUUUCCAAAUACCCAAAAGCGUCUCAUGGAAGGAGCCGACUAACUCAUCAGUCGCUUUGUCAAUUGUUCCGGCGAUUCAAAAAAUCAAUGUACAGAAAAGCGUUGGAGAAGCGAUUGAAGCAACUGUAGAUCGCAGAGGUAAUUUUGCCUAUGCGUACAUCGUUGCCGGCUGCGAGCCCACUAAAUCCACAUAUCGGUACUAUCUCUACGAUAUUCUGGUAUCAGCUCGUAUACAGCGACUGGCCGGGAGUCAAGCCGAUUUUUAUGUCUUUGUGCAAAUGGCUUUUGAUCAAGCGCUCGAUGAGCUUCCAAACGAAGACGUUCGUCUUUUGGAAGCAAUGAAUAUUCGCUUUGAAUACCUGCAAAAGACUCCGGACGAAAGCUUUUAUCGUACCAUGCUGGACAAGUUUAAAGUUUUGAGUCUGGAACAGUAUGACCGCGUACUCUUCAUGGACUCCGAUGUCAUGGCAAAAGCAAAUCUCGACUAUCUGUUCGACUUGUCCAUGCAGGGAUUAUUGAAAGAUAGCCUCGUGAUUGCUGGUAAACAUGAGCCUGCGAGUGGUGGCUUUUUCAUGGUCGCCCCACGAGCUGGCGACUGGGAACGGAUUUUACAAGUAAUCCGGGAAAAGGAAGAAAGGGGCCGCAAUUUACCCUAUCCGCAUUUUGACAACGUCACCGGUUGGGGCCAACCAUUUGUGGACGGUGACUUCUUUGAGUUACCUAAUGGAUACCGGAGUAAUCAAUGGAACUUCUAUGGAGCUUUUGCGGACCAAGGACUGCUUUAUCACUGGGUCAAAUACGAACAAAAGUCGGUCUCGGUUAUCCUUCGUAACUCCAUUCAUCAUUGGUCCGCCGGUGAUGACGGUAAAGUCCAGCUGGAAAAAAUGGAAGGAAUUCGUAUUCUCCAGGAUCAUACGCCUAAACACCCCGCCUGUAAGUCCGGAGGCAACCUAAAAGAAUGCUAUUCUCCACAUUGCGACUUUGUUCAUUUUACUGGCUUGAAAAAACCUUGGCUAGAUGGCCCCCCUCGAGACUACCCCACGGAUUCCUGGAGUGACACAGACCAACAGACUUGGUUUUUCCAUCUGCAAAAGCUCAACGAAGAUUUUCAAAUGAAGCUCAACUUUACCAACUGGACGGAAAAGCCGAAACGGAAACGAAGACCUCUACUUGGAUAUUACCCCCUGAACGCUGACGUUGCCAAAGCAAACUACGCCUUGUCCGCGUAG